GCUCCAAAAUAUUUGCUCCUCUUCUUCUUCUUUCAUUCCCCCACCGCAACCUAAACUGCCUCUACUAUAUAAUACCAAUUCUUCUUCUUUUUCUUCAUAAUCCUAUGCCAAAAACUCUGCUUCUCUCUUCUUCUUCUUUCUUCUUUUCUCGCCAUAACAAAUUCUCUUCAUUACCCAGAAAAUUCCUAUAUCCCUCUACUCACUUUCCUUCACUCUCUUGGCCUUUCUCGGGCGUUUUCCCUCGACCCAUUCACGCUUGCAAGGUCUUCACCAUGGCUGAAAGGACCACGACUUCAAGUUCACACUCCCAAAAGUAUACUAAUCGCCUCGCAGCGGAGCAUAGUCCUUAUCUUCUUCAACAUGCUCAUAACCCGGUUGAUUGGUAUCCUUGGAGCGAAGAAGCUUUUGCAGAAGCAAGAAAAAGAGACGUGCCAAUAUUCUUAUCAAUUGGAUACAGUACCUGCCACUGGUGUCAUGUUAUGGAGGUGGAGUCUUUUGAAAAUGAAGAGGUUGCAAAGUUGUUGAAUGAUUGUUUUGUGAGUAUUAAGGUGGAUCGAGAAGAAAGACCAGAUGUUGACAAGGUGUACAUGACAUAUGUGCAGGCUUUGUAUGGUGGUGGAGGUUGGCCGUUGUCUGUCUUCCUUUCACCUGAUUUAAAACCCUUAAUGGGAGGAACUUACUUUCCUCCUGAGGAUAAGUAUGGAAGGCCCGGAUUCAAGACCAUUCUUAGAAAGGUGAAGGAUGCUUGGAAUAAUAAAAAGGACAUGCUUGUUAAAAGUGGAGCCUUUGCUAUUGAACAGUUGUCAGAAGCAUUGUCAGCUAGUGCAGCUUCAAAUCAAUUGCCAGAUGGGCUUCCAGAAAAUGCAUUACAGUUGUGUGCAGAGCAGCUGUCUAAAAGUUAUGAUUCAAGGUUUGGAGGGUUUGGAUCUGCUCCUAAGUUUCCUAGACCAGUUGAGAUUCAAUUGAUGCUCUAUUAUUCCAAAAAAUUAGGGGAAAUCGGAAAACCAGGGGGAGCAAAAGAAAGUCUGAAAAUGGUUCUCUUUAGCCUGCAAUGCAUGGCAAGAGGAGGUAUUCAUGACCACAUUGGAGGCGGUUUUCAUAGAUAUAGUGUGGAUGAAUGCUGGCAUGUUCCUCAUUUUGAGAAAAUGCUGUAUGACCAAGGGCAACUUGCCAAUGUUUACUUGGAUGUUUUUUCCAUCACUAGGGAUGUUUUCUAUUCCUUUAUCGCCCGUGAUAUCCUUGAUUAUUUGAGAAGAGAUAUGAUUGGGUCAGAAGGUGGAAUCUUUUCGGCAGAGGAUGCUGAUAGUGCUGAAUUUGAAGGUGCAACCAGGAAAAAGGAGGGAGCCUUCUACAUAUGGACAAGCAAAGAGAAUGCUCAAUCUUUCUUGUUUAAGAUUGAUGGCAUUCUUGGAGAGCACACAAAUCUUUUUAAGGAGCACUACUAUGUAAAGCCCUCAGGAAAUUGUGAUCUUUCUAGAAUGAGUGACCCACAUAACGAAUUCAAGGGGAAGAAUGUGGUCAUUGAAGGAAAUGAUUCUUCAGCACUGGCAUCAAAACUUGGCAUGCCAUUCCAAGAGUAUUUUGAUGUUCUAGGUGAAUGCAAAAAGAAGCUUUUUGAUGUAAGGUCAAAGCGACCUAGGCCACAUUUGGAUGAUAAGGUUAUUGUAUCGUGGAAUGGACUUGCAAUUUCAUCUUUUGCAAGAGCAUCUAAAAUCCUCAAGGGUGAACGACAGGGCACGGAUUUCAACUUUCCUGUUGUUGGCUGUGAUCCUAAGGAGUACAUGGAAGUUGCAGAGAAGGCAGCAAGUUUUAUUAGAAGACAUCUGUACAAUGAGCAAACACACAGGCUUCAGCAUAGUUUUAGGAAUGGCCCAUCCAAAGCACCCGGGUUUUUAGAUGAUUAUGCUUUCUUAAUUUCAGGAUUGCUGGAUCUUUAUGAGUGUGGUGGUAGUAUUGAUUGGCUGGUUUGGGCGACUGAACUCCAGGAUAUGCAGGCGAGAGCUGAUGAGUUAUUCCUUGAUAGAGAAGGUGGAGCCUAUUUCAACACUCCAGGAGAAGACCCUUCAGUUCUUCUCCGAGUAAAGGAAGAUCAUGAUGGAGCAGAACCAUCAGGAAACUCAGUCUCUGCAAUCAAUCUUGCGAGAUUGGCCUCCAUGGUUUCUGGCAGUAAAUCUGAUCAUUACAGUCAGAUUGCAGAGCAUCUUCUGGCUGUUUUUGAGACCAGAUUGAAGGAAAUGGCAAUGGCAGUGCCACUGAUGUGUUGUGCAGCCGAUUUGCUUUCCAUUCCUUCCAGGAAGCAAGUUGUCUUGGUUGGCCAUAAGCCUUCGGUAGAGUUUGAAAACAUGCUUGCUGCUGCUCAUACCUCAUAUGAUCCCAACAAAACAGUAAUUCAUAUAGAUCCAACCAACACAGCAGAUAUGGAAUUUUGGGAAGCAAAUAAUGGCAAGGUUGCCCUCGUGGCAAGAAACAAUUUUGCAGCUGACAAGGUGAUUGCUCUUGUAUGCCAAAAUUUCACAUGCAGCCCUCCUAUAAGCAGCCCUAAAUCCCUAGAAGAUCUGCUCUCAAAGAACACUCCCUCGGCUGUAUGAGUCGGUCAGAAACUGCUCUGAAAGUUUUAUUAGAGCCUAGAGGUUUAUUUACAUAACAGUAUGAUCAAAUUUUGCAAGAAACAGAGGCAAAUGUUCACUUGUAAUAAAUAUACCAUAUAGAGUGAAUAAAUAAAUGUAACAGGUAUGGUAAUAUUGCUUUC